GCUGACCGCGUCCCUCACAUGUUGCAGCGUCGUAGUUCCGACGUGGAUGACACCGGCAAGAAGGUUUGCCCGGCGCUUCCCAUUGAGCAUUGCCAUGUACAUGGCAUUGGGUAUCUUUUUCUUCCAACCCGUUGCGGUCACAAGCGCAGCAACGCUACCUUGAUGGACAAGAACUCCCCGCAGGACAUUGCCAGCCAAGCAAUUUACCGGGGCGAGAAGGCUACUCACGGGCAACAAGCAGGCGUCUCCCAGAGCAUACGACUGCCCUUUGCUGGCAACAACGUUCAAGCAUCAUUUUACUUCAAUCAGGAGGACGAGGAGGACUACACUAGAUGCUGUCAACAUAUGUGGACGAUGUGCGAUGCAGCCAAGAAGUGUGAGAUGGACAGCGCCUGGGCGUGGUGAGAUGAAGUC